AUGAUUGGUGCAACUCUCAUGGACGACCUCCACGAGUUCGACGGUUUGCUAGACUACCUUGCCGCCAGCUCCGACCAACGCCUACAGCAGCAACGCCUCGACACACCAACUCUUAGCCUCCCUGACACGCGGCUCCAGCAGCAGCAAGGCAUGAUGCCUGCCGGUAUCAUGCCGCUUCCUACAGCCCCACCCGGCGGCAUGCAGACCGCACACGUUGGCGGCCUGCCGCACGGCUUGCCGGGCGUUGGCGGCCUCCUCCCAGGCGCCACCGCUGCCACCAUGCCUGGUGCCACACCUGCUUUGGCCAAUAUGGCGCCCACCAUGGCGCCCACGUCCACCCUCCUCCCCGGCAUACCGCACCCCGCACAGCAGCUGCCCCAGUCGGCAGCCCUGGGCCUUGCAGGCAUGCAGGCGCCGGCGGCGGCGGCCGGCGGCUCCGCUGGCGGGGGCCUCCUGGGCACCUCAUUCGGGGCCGCUGCCAUGCCAGGACUGGGCCACAUGGGAACCCUGGGCGGGCUAGGAACUCUAGGCGGCUUGGGAAACAUGGGCGCGUUGACGGGGGCUGGAGGGCUCAGCCAUUUGGAUGCAUUGUUAGGCCUGCAAGGUGCCAUUGGGCCGGGAGCCGCCGCCGGCUUGUUGUCACGUGGGUCUAUCACCACCGCUGCCGGUGGCGGCGGCCUCGGCAUGCCUGUCGGCAUCGGUGUUGCGCCCGGAGUCGGCGGUGCAGCGGCGGCGGUCGCCGCCCUGCAUGGCGGCUACGCCGGCGCAUUUGGAACCCAGGGCGCUGCCGCCGCUGGCGCGGCGGCACAGCUGCCGAACGUGGAUCCUGGAUCCUCCGACGGGGAGUUGGAUUCAAAUUCCGACAGCGCCAGCUCCGACGGCGAGAUGCCCCUGCACAAGAGCAACAAGAAGAAGCGUGACGGGGGUGUUGGGGUUCCCGUGGAGGAUGGGGCGGAUCGGCGGCAUGCAGCGCUGCAGGAGAAGAACCGAAAGGCUCAGCGGCGCUUUCGUGAACGUCAAAAGACCAAGCUGAUGGAGCUCCACAAGCAGAUUGAGGAGCUGGCUGGCAAGGUGUCCAACCUGCAAACGGAGAAUGCGGCGCUGCACAGCCGGACUUCCAUACUGGAGAAGGUUCUGGACAUGCGCAACGAGCAGAUCCAGGUCAUGCAGGAAAAUAAAGAGGUAGCAGAAGCUGAGCUGGCUUCACUGGGCUCGGGCCAGGCCCUGGUGCCCCUCACACCAGAGGCCAUAAAGGAACUCACGAGCGAAGAUAUUUACAGAAUUUACCAGACGUACGUCAAGGAGCUGUCCGUACGAUUGGUGGAAGCGACCCGCGGGUCGGAAACCGCUGCCGCCGCCUCGGCGGCGGCGGCGGCGGGUGAGGGCGGCGGUGAAGCUGCGUCAGCCAACGCGUCAGCGGAGGGCAGCAAGGAUGACAAGACAACAGCGGCGAGUGGUGGUGGUGGAGGUGCCGUGGUGGGCACCGCGGGGGGCACCGCGGGAGGCGGAGGAGGAGGCGGCGGCGGCGGUGGCGGUGCUAGCUCGGCCGCGGUGCAGCCGGAGCUGGAGGACCUGGUUCGAGAGCUGAGCGUCAUGUUGAUGCGUCUCGGAGUCGCGCGGCCUCUGGAGGCUCGCAAAUUCAUCGUGUUCAGUCGCCAGUACCUGGGUAACACGGAAAUGGAGGUCAUCGACCUGUGGAAGAGCGUCGUGAAACACAUCGAGCUGACUCCCGAGCAGAUGCGGGAGAUAGUGGAGCUGAAGCGCAUCUUCCUGACCAAGAUUGAACCCAUCAUGGACGAGCGGAAGCACCUCAACAUCUCCAUCCAGACCAAUCUGCCGCAUGACACCUUCCACACCAAGAGCUCCAUAUCGUACAUCAAGGCUCACGAGGCUGUCUCCAAGCUCCGCGACAAUCUCCGUGCCGAGCAGCACGUGGUGCUGGAGUUCGCUAUCGCCGUCUUCCGCGGCGUCUUCCGGCCCGCGCAGAUGGCGGCCCUCCUGGUGCGGUGCUAUCCGGCUGUGCCGGACGCGUUGGGUAUCGCCAGUGCUCUCGCCGCUGAGCUCGGACAGCCGGAUUCACCCGCCACGCAACAGUUGACGAUGCAGCUAGGCGGAUAUGCCGUACCUGGUUCCGGAGCUCCAGGUUCGGGUUCAGUAUCCGCCGGUCUGUUGGCAAUCCACCCCAGCCUCAUGCCCAUCGACGCGAAUUAUUACGAAUUCACUUCAUUACGGUACACAGGAGGGACCAACAGCCAUGCUUAG